AGCACACGGAGCAGAGCGCGGAACAUGACAUGAGACCAACCACCUCGCCACUUACGGCGAUGUUGACGAGGUUGACAACGGUGCUUGUCGUCUCGUUGAGCCAUGUCGCGCUCGCAGGAGCGCAACAGGGCGAGCUAGUGGCGGCAGCAGCCGGUCUGUUCGAGCGCCGGAAGUUCGACGAAGCAGAGUCGGUCCUUCGGCAGGCACUCUCCGAGUCCCCUUCCAACCCGCCCGCCCUGGUGUUGCUGGGGAGGGUACGGGCCACGACCGGGAAGCUUGACGAGGCCGAAAGGCUCUACAGGGUCGCGCUGGAAGCGUCGCCGAGAAACGCUCCCGCCCACCACGCCCUGGCCAAGGUUUUCGCGUUCCAGCAAAGAUGGGCGGAAGCGAAGGAAUCGUUCGAGCGAUCGCUGGAGGCCGACGCCGACAACGCCGAGGCCUGGUUGGGCCUGGGAAGGGUCAGCAUGGCCACGGGAAACGAGGAAGCCGCGGAGCGACACUACGCGAGGAGCCUGUCUCUGGACCCUUCGAACGCGCUUCUUCACUUCGAUAUGGGCGUUCUCAGCUGCAAGAGAGGACAGGUGAUUGCGGCAGACGAAGCGUUCGCGAGGGCGGGCGAGCUCAACCCCAAGCUGGACCUGACGGUAGUGGCCCAGAUGUUCACCGCUUACGACAUGCUGGAGCAAGCGAGGGACACCUACAAGCGACUCCUCCAAAAGGACCCUAACGAUGCGGUGCACCAGCUCGCCUACGGGGAACUGUGCGAGGCGCUCAAUGACGAAGAAGGCGCGAGAGACGCUUACGACGAGGCGUUACGCGUUGACCCGGGGAUGGGCAAGGCCCACUUCCGGAAGGCGCUACUUCUGACGGGGACGGGAGUAACGAACCAGGCGGCGCUGCACGCUUUCGGCCUGAACGCGGAAGAAGCGAAGCACCACCUGAGGGAGGCGGUGGCUUCCGGGGAGGAGGGGACGGCCAUCUCCGCGGCGGAGGCGCUCAAGUGGUGUGAGAUGGAGGAACGAGAGGUGCAAGAGUGGAGCAGAGCACUCCGAGAAGACCCACAAGAAACAAGAGAACGGCUUCCGGGAGAACGAAGAGACCGCCAAGGAGAAGGAGGAAUUGGCACCGGAGGUGACAAGACCGGGCGUCGCAAUGAGCCUGCAGGUGCAGGGGGAAAGCGAGAAGGGGCUGCGUCGGCGUGGGUGGAGGAGGCCGGGGGGUAUCUGUCCCUCCCGGAGGUGGAGAUUUCGGGUCCCGAAGAGUUCAUGGAGGCGUUUGUCAACAAGAGCAAGCCCGCGGUUAUCAAGAACUUUCAGGAUGGGUUUGCCCCUAAGGAAGCGUGGUCAUGGACGGCGCUGUCGGAGAGGUUCGGGGACAGCAUGGUACGAGUUAGCCUCAGCGAAACGGGAAGGUAUUCGACGGGCCGGAACCGGGAGACAUGUGGGGGCUCGCCCCCGGGGACGAGGUGCUCGUGCGCCCCCCCGCGCACCUCGAUGGCGUUUUCCGACUUCGUGCGGCUGCUGAGGCAGGAAGGGAUCAAGGAAACGUUUUAUCUCGAAUACUUGGCCCUGCACCAGUACCUCGGCACUACAAUGGCGGAGAUGGUCCCGCUACCCGCAGCUGCCUCUGAAAGCGGGCUCGAGCUCCUCCUCACCAACCUUUGGGUAGGAAAAGGAGGAACGACGGCCGUCCUCCCCUACGACGACUACGAAAACCUCCUCUGCCAGGUUAGGGGCACGAAGGAGCUGGUGCUGUUCCCCCCCAAGGACCUGGAGAACCUGUACUACGUCGGCAGGAGGAAGGGCAAGCUCAAGUACCACUUCCCCGGAAAGUGGACGAGAGACGAGCUGGAUGGGCCGAACAAGGUGAUCUUCAGCUCCUCCGUUCGGCUCGACGACCCCGACUUCGAACGCCACCCAAGGUUGAAGCGUUGUCGGCCAUACCGUGUGGUCUUACAGGAGGGAGAUGUCCUCUACAUGCCUGCCUUCUGGCACCACGAGGUCCGCUCGUACCCAGACGCUGAAGAGGGCAACGUGGCCGUCAACUUCUGGUUCCGAAACGUCACGAGUUUCGCCGAGGAGGAACGCGACGUGCUUGGCAUCGGUGGCGAGCCGAGCCGGACCGAGCUCUGAGAAGAUGUAAAGUCUCCCCAUCCGCUUUUACCCGACGUUUGACACGAAUGCCCGCGCGCGUGUGGAUGAGGGGGGUCCGAAAAUUGUUCUUUUGCUUACGCUUUUUUUUGUCGUUGUUCAACUUAGAAUAGCUUGUUGCAGGGUGCGUGACGCGCGGCCGAGAUCCUUUCUCCGUUGUCUUGUAGUCGCACGACCAUUGAGUUCGUGCUAAGGCUGAGUCCUCGUCUCGCAAUGGUUUGGAG